AUGCAUAUAGUGUUACAAAAGGAUUAUGCCGAGUGCUUGACCAUGUUGAUGAGGCCGCCUCAAAUCACCAAGCCUACAUCAUUAGUAGAGCAAGCAAAGUACCUGCAAGAAAACUUGUCCGAGGACACCGCUCUGCAUAUUUUGCAACAAAAUGACGUUAGAUCGGGCAAAGAUCCUCGAAACAGCAUGUCUGAUGGCGUGCCUGAAGCUCCAGGUGCAACUACAGCAUUUGCUGGGCAGCAGCAUCUCCAGCCCAGAACGCUAAAUCAUCGCAGCUCACAAGGGUUUGAUAGCUUCUCGAGAAUUACCAACAAUAUGAUGAAGAAUCCUCAAGUAAGAGAUCUCAAUAGAGCUAUCGCUGGAGUUAUGAAAAACGUCAAUACGUUUGGUGAAAAUGUGCUGGGCAGACCACAAGAUGGCAUGGGUCCAAGAAGAUCAACUGUAUCAUCCGAAUUUCCAUCUGGCAUUGAUCGCAUUGCGAGCACGCACAAGUACGAGCAGCGUGUUCCUCCUAUUCCCAUCCCCAAGAGCAGCGAUAAUCAAGCAGCAAGGAUUUCAGCAGUAAACCGCAAAAUGGGCGAGAUGAUGGCGAAAUGCAUUUCUCUGUUGGAAACUGAAAUCUUCCCUGAACCAGGUACAUCUGACAAGAAGCAAGAUGAAGAUGACAUUAUCAGCAAAGCAAAACAAGACUCACAGGCUGUUUCUGGUAAGGAGGGUAAACCAUUUGACCAAGAGGCAGAAGAAGCAGACCAAGAUGUAGCCAACUACGAUAGCAACAGUUCGUCCGUCUCGGAGGAAAAGGAGAACACCAAUGAUUCUGCCUUCAAGAAGCCUCUUCAAGACGAUGCCACUAUUAUUAUGGCACUUGCAGGCCUCAAGCAUGUACGCGAUGUUCUUCUCGGCAAACAAGCUCACUUUGAUGCCAGUGUCAUUGACAUCAAGUUGGGAAACAGCACGCCAGACAGCACCUCCAAUGGCGAAGAUUGGAAAUGGGAUCUGGUAGAUCACAAAGAGGUUGCUUCUGCUGCAUCUACACCUUCAUCUCCUCCACCUCCCACCAUUGCAACCAAGAAAGCAUCUGCCACUAUUUUUGUACCUCCGCAAACAUCAUCUUCCUUGAUAUCCGCAGAUAUAGAUUCGCCUAUCUUUGAAAAGGACACGAAGCCCUUACCACCUAUUAUCCAUCAACCAGAAGAGAAUCAGCAGAAGUCCGUCAUGGUCGCGGAAGAGCCCAAGUUGCCUCAGGUGCCCAUCACCUAUAUUCCUGCAAAUCCUCCACCUCCAAAGCAGCAAAUCAAGUACAGAAUUGAAGAUCUCUUGUCAGACCCUGAUCUCCAACUACCUAGUCCAAAGGCAUCCGCCAAUGCCAAGUUCAGGUGGAUGUUGGAAAACGAAAAUACGGCCACUGAUAAACAGCCGUCUUUGCUGAACAAUCAUAGUACGAGUGCCGGUGGGAAUGGCGGCGGGAAUCAAGAGUUAUUCAAAUCAGAGCAAAGACUCUCUCCUAGAAAAAGAAGCAGCUUCAUCAUCAAGAGGCCUGCGAGCGAUAAGGCGAGUGAAAGUACUGUGGACCCUUUAGAUGCCAAAAACGUAGACAGCAGAAGAUCUUAUGAAUACGACAUGCUUUAG